CAAUAGUGACUUCAAAACCUGAAGCUAAAGAUUUACUUUGCAUAUUUGAUUCUCUUGCAGAUAAAUAUUCAGAUAGUCAGCUAAUACAAUGUGAAUACUUUUCUGAAUUAAGUUUAUUACUUGAUUCUUUAGAAAAUUACUUAUUAUAUGAAAAGCAUUAUAAUCAGAUUAUUGCUAAAAAUUCUUUUAUUAAUAAAUUACAAGAAAAUAUUAAAAAUAAGAACAAUGUUGAAUUAAAAACUUUCAGUAAUUUUGAAGUUCAAGUAUAUUUACCUAAUCCCAAAUAUGAAAAACUUCUUAAUAAAAUUAACAAAUUAGAAUGUGUUAAAGGACAGUUAUUAUCUGAAAAUGAAUUAUUAAAAAAGAAAUUAAACAAAAGAUUCAAUGAUCAACAAGAUCAUAUUGAAGCCAUAAUUAAUAUCACCAAAAAGGAAUGA